UGCUGGAUUCAAUUUAUCAGCGUGAAUGAAAAACUUAUGCAUACUCUGCCUGUUAAUGUUUUUGGGAGUUAGAUUAUCUCAAAAAUGUUGAAAAGGCAAUUCCAGCAAGACAUCCAGAUGAGAGCAUUAAAGGAGAGGGUUGUUCUGCUGGACUGGACUCCAUUGAACUUGUGAUCAAAGAUAAGCAACAAAUCCUCUUUCCUCAAAAAUUUAAUUUAAAAUCAUUGGUAUACAGUAUAUGAGCUUUAUGGUGUCCAAAAUUAGUUUAAUUUUGAACUCAUCCUGACUGAUGGAUCAUAUUUGGUCUUUUCUCCAGAAUAGUAGCCAACAUAAUUAAGUAGGGGACAGAUCCUAUCUGUUGCUAUUACUAAAUCAUAGCUACCCUUCAAAUUAUUAUAUUCCCACUAGAUCACAGCAUAUCUUUUACAUAUUCUUAUGAAUACUCUGUUUGCACUUUUAAAAAAUUGACCAAAUGAUUGUUCCCGAAGCAAAUUUAUGUAAACAACAAUAACAACAAUUAUAAUACUACUAAAAAUAAUCACUGUAAUAAUUCAAGUGCACUGGUCCAGUAGUUCCACUAACCUUUCUUUAAUCAGUGUGCUUUAUGGGGUGGUUAUUGAGUGGAAGCCAGGUGUUUAAGCCUAACUUGGGAUGGGGGGAACUUCUGUCUGGAUUUGUGUCAUGUAAAAAUAACUAGAUUCAAAGAUUACAAACAUCCAUACUUCACUACUUCAAGUUACUCCCAGAGGACAUCAAUUUCUUGAUGUUAUCCAUUGAGAAUAAAUAAUGGGCAGGAGCAGGACACAGAUGUAUGGGCAAGGAGGGUUACUGUGGGGCAGGUUCAUCUUUCCCUGCAAUAAAAAACAUACACACACACACACAGCAUAUCAGCCACUAGGAACCCAUGUGACCUCCAUCCAUGGCUGAUAUCUGCCAUUUUAGGGAUGGUCUGCUGCACAACACAGACCCUUUAUAUGUAUGUAUUUGUGAGUGUAUAUAGUAAUUGAAGGAAAAUAUGAACUUAUCACACGCACUUCUUCCAGAUCAAUUGAAUUUAUCAUUAAAAUACUCCCGUUUAUUGUUAUGGCAAUUCAAUCUAUUCUUCAUCCUCUAUCUGUUCCCUCACAGAGGUCCCCACAUGUAGUUGGAUAGGUCUUACCUUGAGGCGAAGAUAAUAUAGUAUAAUAUUUGCCCUUAAUUGAAUGGAUUUGCCUUGCUUUGCUGUACUGGUGUGUGCUGGAAUUGGAUUGACUAAACGUAUCUGUUUUAAUAUAUUUCGGGGUAAACUCCAAAACCCUCCAUUUAUUGCACUCAAAAAAAGUAUUCUGGAGUUGAGUAGAUGAGCAGAUGGACUGUCUGCAGUUACCCUUCUUGGCUGGGAGGCCUGCAUCAGAAUUUCACGUGCAGCCCGCAUCCCAUUAAUUGAAAAGCUCUGUGUUUUUUAAUUUUUUUUUACUACUCACUUCGUUUUCUGGCAGCUAAUCUUGAUAUAUUUUGGCUGCUUUCCCCAAUUGGGCGACAAUCAAAAGCUAGGGUUACUGGGUUUCCCCCAACUGUCAAAAUUGACUAUUUUGGGAAAGAUAACUGAACCGCCUCCCCUCGCCCGCCCCGUCACUCUGAUUGGGUUUCCUUUUCCUUCCUGGUAAAAUUCAAAGCAGCUAUUUUUUACACGCAUACGGACAUCUUUGUCCGUAUUGAUACGUAGAGUCUACAGUUUGAUUACGCGGGACUGUGGUUUGGCCAUAGGGCACGCACCCUCUCUCUGCUUUGGGGAAUGUAUCGGGUCUUUAUAUUGUAGUUUGGUAAGUGCUUCAUUUUGGAGAGGGAAAGAAUGUUAGUUUAAUGGGAGGGGUGGUCCAUAUUUGUGGCUUUGGAAGGAUUGAGGGAGUGAGGCGGUGUGAUCAAGGUUUGAUUUGAGGGGAGAGUGGAAUUCGAUUUCAUUGGGUUCCAUAUUUGAGGUUUUCCAGUUUCGAGCUCUUCGACUAGUGCUUGUAUUUGUUGUUUCGAGAUUUCUUAUUGAAACCCGAGUUUUGGCUUGCAGUGAGAAAGACAACAAAAGUGAAAAUGUCGUCUUCCCAGCCUGGUCAAUCGUCUACAAACUCUGCAAGAUCGAGGCAGAGUGCUAGGAUAAUUGCCCAGACGUCCAUCGAUGCAAAGCUACAUGCAGAUUUUGAGGAGUCAGGCAGUUCGUUCGAUUACUCCAACACAGUUCGUGUGGCGCCUGGUACUGGUGGAGAGCUGAGGCCGAGGUCUGAUAAAGUCACCACGGCAUACCUCCAUCAAAUCCAGAAAGGCAAGUUGAUCCAGCCAUUUGGUUGUUUAUUGGCGCUGGACGAUAAGACGUUCAGAGUGAUUGCCUACAGUAAAAAUGCCCCUGAAAUGCUCACAAUGGUCAGUCAUGCCGUGCCAAGCGUUGGUGACCACCCUGUCCUCGGGAUUGGAUCUGAUAUCAGAUCGAUCUUCACUGCUCCUAGUGCCACAGCAUUGCAGAAAGCUUUAGGAUUUGGGGAGGUGUCCCUGUUAAACCCGGUCUUAGUUCACUGUAAGACUUCUGGAAAGCCUUUCUAUGCUAUAAUCCACAGAGUCACCAGUAGUUUGAUCAUUGACUUCGAGCCAGUUAAGCCUCAUGAGGUCCCGAUGACUGCUGCUGGAGCCUUGCAAUCUUACAAGCUUGCAGCUAAGGCUAUUACACGGUUGCAGGCAUUGCCUAGCGGGAGCCUGGAAAGGCUCUGCGAUACGAUGGUGCAAGAAGUUUUUGAACUCACUGGUUACGACAGGGUGAUGAUAUAUAAGUUCCAUGAUGAUGAUCAUGGAGAGGUGUUUACUGAGAUUACAAAGCCUGGGCUUGAGCCAUAUUUGGGCUUGCAUUAUCCUGCUACAGACAUCCCACAGGCAGCUCGGUUUUUGUUCAUGAAGAACAAGGUUCGAAUGAUAUGUGACUGCAGAGCAAAUCACGUGCCAGUUGUUCAAGACGAGAAGCUCCCAUUUGAUCUCACGUUGUGUGGGUCGACACUCCGUGCUCCUCACAGCUGCCACUUGCAGUACAUGGAAAACAUGAAUUCAAUUGCGUCUUUGGUGAUGUCGGUUGUGGUAAAUGAGGGAGAUGAUGAGGGCACAGCUGAUUCUUCGCAGCCAGAGAAGAGAAAAAGGUUAUGGGGAUUAGUGGUCUGCCAUCACACCACUCCAAGAUUCGUCCCCUUCCCCCUUAGAUACGCCUGCGAGUUUCUCGCACAAGUUUUUGCGAUCCAUGUCAACAAAGAGCUGGAGUUGGAAAAUCAGAUGCUCGAGAAAAAUAUCCUGAGGACUCAGACGCUGUUGUGUGAUAUGCUGCUGCGCGAUGCGCCAUUGGGGAUUGUCUCCCAGAGCCCCAAUGUCAUGGAUCUUGUCAAAUGUGAGGGUUCCGUUUUGCUGUACAAGAGCAAGAUAUAUAGGCUGGGAUUGACCCCAUCCGACUUUCAGAUCCGGGAUAUAGUCUCAUGGCUUGAUGAGUAUCACAGGGACUCGACAGGUUUGAGCACAGACAGCUUGUAUGAUGCAGGUUUUCCAGGGGCUCUAGCUCUGGGAGAUGCCGUUUGUGGGAUGGCAGCCGUCAAAAUAACAGAUAAGGACUGGCUUUUCUGGUUCAGAUCACACACUGCUGCGGAGAUUCGUUGGGGUGGGGCGAAGCAUGAACCUGGUGAAAAGGAUGAUGGUAGGAAAAUGCAUCCGAGGUCAUCCUUCAAAGCUUUCUUGGAAGUUGUAAAGACGCGAUCUUUGCCAUGGAAGGAUUAUGAGAUGGAUGCUAUCCACUCAUUGCAGCUGAUUCUAAGAAAUGCAUUUAAAGAAGCAGAGGGUGACAAUUCGGAUGCCAUUGCUAUUCACACAAGGCUUAGCGACCUGCAAAUUGAUGGAAUACAGGAGCUUGAAGCCGUAACAUCCGAGAUGGUCCGUCUGAUCGAAACCGCCUCUGUACCUAUCCUAGCUGUGGAUGUAGACGGUCUAGUGAAUGGCUGGAAUACCAAAAUCUCUGAUCUGACUGGCCUUCCUGUUGAUAAAGCCAUCGGGAGACAUUUUCUCUUACUCGUUGAAGAGUCUUCGGCGGAUACAGUCAGCAAAAUGUUGGAACUGGCACUUCAAGGGAAGGAAGAAAGAAACGUACAAUUUGAGAUAAAAACGCACGGACCAAGGAGUGAAGCCGGUCCUAUCAGCUUAGUGGUGAAUGCCUGUGCGAGCCGGGAUGUCAAGGAGAAUGUUGUGGGAGUGUGUUUUAUCGCGCAGGACAUAACAGCCCAGAAGAGCAUGAUGGACAAGUUCACAAGAAUCGAAGGAGAUUACCGUGCUAUUGUCCAAAAUCCCAGCCAGUUAAUCCCACCUAUUUUCGGGACAGAUGAGUUCGGAUGGUGCUCCGAGUGGAAUGCAGCCAUGACUAAAAUAUCUGGGUGGCGUAGAGAGGAUGUGAUCAACAAGAUGCUUCUAGGCGAGGUCUUCGGCAUAAACAAGGCUUGCUGCCGUCUGAAGAAUCAGGAGGCGUAUGUGAACCUUGGGGUUGUGCUCAACAGCGCUGUCACGGGCGUAGACUCUGAGAAAGUACCAUUUGGGUUUUUUUCUAGGACCGGGAAGUACAUCGAAUGCUUGCUUUGCGUCAGCAAGAAGUUGGACGGGGAGGGAGCUGUGACGGGAGUCUUCUGCUUCUUACAGCUUGCGAGUCAGGAGCUGCAGCAAGCCCUCCACGUGCAACGGUUGUCUGAACAAACAGCGCUGAAGAGGCUGCGAGUCCUGGCUUACAUAAGAAGGGAGAUAAAAAAUCCUCUUUCGGGGAUCAUCUUCUCCCGGAAGAUGAUGGAAGGGACUGAUCUGGACGAUGAGCAGAAGAACCUCGUGCGCACCAGCAUGCACUGCCAACUGCAGCUGAACAAGAUUCUGGACGACACCGAUCUUGAUCAUAUAAUCGAAGGGUACUUGGAUCUGGAAAUGGUGGAAUUCAAGCUGCAGGAGGUGUUGGUGGCUUCGAUCAGCCAAGUGAUGAUAAAGAGCAACGGGAAGGGGAUCAUGAUCGCGGAUAACUUGGAGUCGAGCGUGACGAAGGAAAAGCUGUAUGGGGACAGCCUAAGACUUCAGCAGGUGCUGGCUGCCUUCUUACUAACAGCGGUUACUUAUACACCCGACGGAGGCCAGCUGGGCAUCGCGGCCAAGUUGACAAAAGACUCGAUUGGGGAAACCGUGCAGCUUGGCCGGGUCGAGUUCCGGAUAACGCACACGGGAGGCGGGGUGGCGCAGGAGUUGCUGAACCAGAUGUUUGGGGACGAUCCGGAGACGUCGGAGGACGGGAUCAGCCUGUUCAUCAGCAGGAAGCUGGUGAAGCUGAUGAAUGGAGAUGUGCAGUAUCUGAGGGAGGCUGGGCGAUCCACGUUCAUCAUCACAGUUGAGCUCGCCAUCUCCAUAACUAGGUAAGCGUAAAUUAACCCCCCACCCCACCCAUGUUUUUCUAUUUUUUUGUUUUUUUUAAAAGAAAACUUUGUUUUAGUUGAUGGUUUCUUCUUGGCCUAUGCUGUGGUUGUGGUUGUGGUGUA